AUGUCCAAUAUUUACAAUAACAUGCAUUUCUUUGCAGGCACAUCGAAACUAGCCCAAUAUGUGCGAUCCAAUCGCGGCACUGAUCUUGUUUACUACGAAGGAAAUACCUACACGCCGAAUGAGAAGCUGAGAGAAGGUCAAAAGAGCCGCGACUGGAAGUGCUCCAUGUACCACAAGGCCAAGUGCCGAGCUCGCUUGGUGACACGUUAUUCCCCCAACGGGGAUAUCAUUCAUGUCACCUGCAACGUGCACACGCAUCUCACCAUGUACAUGUCUCAAAAUUCGAAAGUGGAUACUCAGAAAUUGCGGCUGGAAAGGAAUCCCGGCUGUGUAGCGAAACGGCCGAUCAAAAAGAAAAUGAAGCCUCUUACUGAAUUCCCUGGUUUUUGGAAAAAAAAUGAUAGUCGAGUCAUUCCAUAAUGGACGCGGGAAAUUACUCGACAUCGAACCCAGCUUUAAGUUUAUUCAGGGGCCCCGCAAGUCAGUUCAAAUUCUGUUCGAAAGCUACAUCU